GUCACAAUUUUAAUAUGUGCUUCUUAAAACUGCUUUAUUCAGGAGAAUAUCCUUUAGUCCCGUUCGUAUAAUCGUGUUAAUUAAUAAACAAGCAAAAUGCUGCCAGAACAUGAAAGUCUGAUCUACAAACAUUUCCCCGACUUGGUGAGGGAUUGUGAUUUGGAACGAAUCAUGCGAAGUCUUUCUUUCAAAGACCCGAUAAUUUCCAAAAUGAUGGAUAAUGUUAAAAUAGAAGAGGACCGCCGUCACAACAAUCGCUGCAUUCUUUUCCAACUUGUCAAAACCAACUCUAGCACAGUUUUCCUGAAGUUAGUUGAGACCUUACGCACACUCAAUUACCACGAAUUGGCCGAUAAGCUUGAAGAUAAGCCUCCAACGCAACGUUACAAACACACGACUGUCUGCAAUAAACCGCCCGAGAGCCACUUGGAGAAGCUGAAAAUCGAUGUAAAAUACGCAACGAAAUUCUGUGAUACUGACGAUUUUUGUUACAAAACGAGGUCGAGAAACCGCGGCCAAGUUUUGAUAAUUAAUAAUAUGGUUUUCGAAACUGAGAGACACAUAACGCGCCGAGGGGCCGAAGUCGAUGAGCGCAACUUGAAGGAGUUGUUCGAAAAAAUGGGGUUUUACGUCGACUUGUACCGAAAUUUGAGUCGAGACGAGAUUAAAACAGUGGUUAAGAAAUUCUCGGAGAAGGAGUACAAGGAGGCCCCCGACAUGGCCUUUGUGAUAAUUAUGAGCCACGGCGAGAAAAUCGAGAACAAGACUGUGAUUAUCGGAAGCGACGGUCAGGCGGUGGAGGAAGAGUGGAUAAUUAUGCAGUUUAAUAACCAGUCCUGUUCGCUGUUCCGCAACAAGCCGAAGAUCCUAAUCUUCAAUAUCUGCAGGGGCGAUUUAGUCGAUAAUUUAGUCCACUUUGCUCAACAGACCCAAAGCGAUUCAGCGUGUACCAAAAACCCGGAAGUCGGCGAUGACGAGCGAUAUUACAGCGAUCUGAUGAUUUGCCACCCUUCGGUUGAGGGUUUUCAGGCGCACAGAGACGUUGUGAGGGGCUGCUGGUACAUUGAGCUGAUUUGUACCACUUUUAUGGAGAACUCGUGUGAGGUGGAUGUGGAAACGAUGAUGAAAAUGGUCGAGAGGGGGCUGAAAAAACGCAUUUCGGAGAAGAUGACGCGGCAAACGUCCACCUUUUUGAACAUCGCCUUCAAAACGUGUUACCUCAAUCCGGGGAUUUAUGAAGAUGACGGGCACAUUGCCCUCUUUGAGCAGUCGCAGGCGGUUUGACGUGAUCGAAACUAAUUAUGCAAUAUUAUACAAUGAUUUUAUUAAAAUAAAU